AGUACCUUCCAUUCCUGACGCCCGAACGGUGCCGUCUUUUACCUCUCCCUCUCUGCCUGCUGAUACGAUGCGGGUCAGACCAAAGACCCAGUUCUACCCGCAUAUAUCAUGACAGAUCGCGUCGUCCCGCGUGAUCUCCCUGCGGAACUGCUUCAGCUCGUUGCUCACCAUCUCGUACCUCCACUCAGUCACUCGAAGCCGUUCGAAGUUGUACACGACACCACAUAUGCUGCAUCUCUGUCGCCAGACUCGCGCUCUUUCUCCGCUCUCGUCACCUUGUCAUCCCUCAGCGCCGCUCUCCGACGCCUACUAUGCCCGCUUCUAUGGCAAGAAGUCCUCAUCCAUCGCCCAGAUCGCCUGGGCAAGCUGCGCUCGAUCAUGGAAUACUACCAACGCCUGGCCUCUUCCGUCUCAGAGAUCGAUCGAUUUUUGUAUCCGCUGCCGCUUGUACGCUGUUUGAAGGUCAUAAUGCCGGAUCGGUACCUGUCUCUGGAUCAAGAGAUCCUGCGCCAUCUGUUUCGGAGCGGGAUGAAUCCAGCCAAUGGCCUGCAUACACUCGAGUGGGAUGCUGAAGUGCUCCCAAGUCCCAUGAUAUGGCGUAUGCUAGGAACUCCCGAGAAGCCCCACGGUCUAGAGGCUAUGCUUGCAGAGAGAAAGGGGAGAACAAUGAGUCGCGAACAGAUCCGCGAGAUUGCCAUUGAUGCAGAUGGCUCCACCAUGACCAUGUUUCACCCUAGGCUGGGCCCACGGAUACCCGACACUGGAAACGACCUCGACACGACCAUCAAUAUGCUCCGCUUGGACUCUACAGAAAGACCAAACUCGGGGACGACGCUGCUCCACGAUGUAGAUCUCAUCGAACGUGGGGUAUUUGACGAAUUGGAAGAUCUGGACGUCUUCGCAGUGACGCCGGAAUUUCCGCUCUGGAUUGGACUCAGAAAAGCUGGCCGGAGGCUCAAACGGCUCCGCUUAAUCUUGGACAUCAACUCUAGCUUCGGCAAUUUCGAUCGACUUUUCAGAGAGCUAGCAGAGGGAGAGGCAGGGGAAAGCACGAACAGCGCGCCAGGCGACUUGACUGCCCCGCAUGAAGCUGCUUCGUCUUAUCCAAGCUGCGGGGCCUUUCCAGAGCUGGUCUCUCUGUUUGUGGAACCGCUGCCGCAGGAGAAUACUGCACCUUCGUUCCCGCGUUUCCUGGACACCUGUCCGAAGUUGCGCUUUCUCAACGGCAGGCGGGUGGACGGCUUAGCACGAACCGGGUCUGCGGAAAUCUUCUCCUUCAACCCAGACCAGCGAAGUGGCGCAUUCUUCUAUUGA